GCUAAUACAAGGCUUGCAAUUUGAGACAUGUGUCCAAUUCGUGGAUUACAGUGUUUGACUUUUAUUUAUGCAACUCUACAGCUUUCAGAAUGUCUUCUCAAAAACCAACUGCAGUUUGCCAUUGAGCACACCUGGGACAGUAAUCCUGUGGACCAUGAUCCAAUCAGGAUUAUCUUCUCGCCUGGGGCAGGGGGUCUGAAGAUGCAAGUAUUUGGUCCCUUUUUUAAUGAUCCUGCAGCCCCUCCUGGACCCCCUGGACAUGCCUUCCCUGGACUCUGGGAUUAUGAAGUUGUAGAAUCAUUCUUCCUAGACAGCACUACAGAAAACUACCUUGAGGUGGAAGUGUGUCUACAUGGGCAACAUCUCAUAUUGUUGCUGUCAGGUGUCGGUCAGGCCUUUGUGCAACAACUCCCUAUGGUGUUUACUGCCGCAGUCACUGGAGAUAGAUGGAUGGGAGAAGCUCUAAUUCCCUGGGGUUACUUCCCUCCUAAUGUUAAUAAGAUGAACUCUUAUGCCAUUCAUGGAUCUGGCGAGAAACGCACUUAUGAAGCACUUUAUUCAAUUCCUAAAGAGGAGAUCGCAGAAGGCCAAAAACCAAACUUCCACCUGCUGCAGUAUUUCCAAGAUUUCCAACUGCAGAGCAUCAUGGGAGAUGACUGGGUCCAACCCGAGUCUGAGUUUUGGAAAGGAAAACCAUAAAGUUCAUGUAUUUUUGAAAUUCAGAUAUCAACAAAAGGACAAUAGUUCAAACACCUUGACAAUGAACACAAUCAGUUAAUGUUAAUUAUGUGCUAAUUAUGUGUAACAACACGACACACUCCUUGUCAAAAUGCAUUAAAUCUCAAAGACUGCAUGCAGACAGAGACACACCUGUUGGCUCUCAGUGUAUUUGACAUCACAUUAAACUGCUUUGGCAGAGUGUGACCUGCGGCUGAGAAAAAGAACUGUACACAUGGAGGAUAUUCAACUCUUCUGUGUCUCAAUAUGUGGUUGAAUAUCUGAACUGUUAAAUCCAACACCUUAAGUCAAGUCAGAUUUAUUUAUAAAGCACAUUAAAAAACAACCAGUGCUACCCAAAGUGCUGUACAAAUGCAAUAUAAUGUGCAAUAUUAUAAAACAAAACAUGCAAAAAUAAAAUGGAACAAGACAAAUAGAAUACAAUACAAGUCCCACUCAGCUAGUGUUAAAAGCUACAUUAAAGACUUCAGCUACAUUAAAGAUAAUAUGUUCCAGUGAGGUGAAAGAUUGUGUCUGAUAAAUACAUUUGAGACAAUAUACUUUGAAGUUAGCCAAGAAUGAAUUAUUUGCAAUAAAAUUUGUAAAAAUCAUUACAAAACUUGAUACAUUUUAAGUAAUUUUAUAUGUUUGUGAUAAUAAACAAAACAAUGACAAUGUUGUUGAGUGUAAUCCUGGCAUCACCGUGUUACUUUGUGUGUUUUGUGAAAAUUUACCACUGCAUAUAAUAUACAUUUUUACAGAAUCAAAAGAAUUCUUAGUUUCAAACGUGUGAAAGGUCAAAUAUGAGAUAUGCCAUAGUUAAUCAUGUACUUA